AUGUCUCUAUUCAUAGAGGACAACUCCAACUUCAUGAUAGGCAUGGGACCAUUUGGAGUUGUACAUCCAGGUAGUAGUUUUGCAGCUGGAUUCAUAACAGGUGAAGAAUCGUCAAGAGCUGCAUAUAGAGAUGACCUUGCUGCUGGGGAAGAGACAGUUCGAGUGGACCUUCAGGAGGAGGAGUUUCAAACUAAUUUUGACAGAGUGAUGAGGGGAGAUUGA